GACCGGGUUCGCAUGCCCGAAAGCAGCUCGUGUCCACGGCCCAAGCAAGACCCACCUGCCCCGCCAGGCCGCCGCCACCAACUAACCUUGUCUCUGACCGGCACCAACCCGCCGGCCGGCCUCGCCCGAUAAGACCUCGGCCCGCCUCCUACUCCACUCCCACCUGCCCCGCGCGCCGCGACCAGCCAGCCGCCGGCCGCCGCUUCCGCCUCCCGCCGUAGCAUCGAUGCCGCCCCCGUCCCUCCUGCUCCUGCACUCCCGCGCCCCGCUCCCGUCCCGCGCCUUCCGGAUGAGCUCCCAGCCGGCGCCAGCCAGGGUCGUCUGCUCCGCCGUGCCCGCGGAGGGGUACAUCCCCGCGGCACCGAUCCUCCUCCCCGACGGCCCCUGGAAGCAGGUGGAAGGAGGCGUCACGGCUGCGAAGGGGUUCAAGGCGGCGGGAAUCUACGGCGGACUGCGCGCCAAGGGCGAGAAGCCCGACUUGGCCCUGGUCGCCUGCGACGUCGACGCCACUGUUGCAGGAGCUUUUACCACAAACGUUGUUGCUGCCGCACCUGUUUUGUAUUGUAAGCACGUCCUUAAUACAUCAAAAACAGCUCGUGCUGUGCUAGUUAACGCUGGUCAAGCAAAUGCUGCGACUGGUAAUGUCGGGUAUCAGGAUGCAGUGGAUAGUGCAGAUGCUGUUGCCAAGCUUCUCAAUGUGAGCUCAGAUGACAUACUGAUCCAGUCCACUGGUGUCAUUGGUCAAAGAAUAAAAAAGGAGGCACUUUUAAAUUCACUCCCUAGACUUGUGAGCUCUCUGUCUCCAUCUGUUCAGGGUGCAAAUUGUGCUGCUGUGGCCAUCACAACUACAGACCUCGUUAGCAAGAGCAUAGCUGUCCAGACUGAGAUUGGAGGAGUGCCUAUCAGAGUAGGAGGAAUGGCCAAAGGUUCUGGAAUGAUUCACCCAAAUAUGGCAACAAUGCUUGGUGUUUUAACAACCGAUGCUCAAGUCAGCAGUGAUGUGUGGAGAGAAAUGGUCCGGAUGUCAGUGAGUAGAAGUUUCAACCAAAUUACAGUGGAUGGUGAUACAAGUACCAAUGACUGUGUUGUUGCUAUGGCAAGUGGGUUAUCUGGUUUAUCUGGUAUUCUCACUCACAAUAGCACUGAGGCUCAACAGCUCCAAGCAUGCAUAGAUGCAGUAAUGCAAGGUCUUGCAAAAUCCAUAGCAUGGGAUGGUGAGGGUGCGACAUGCUUAAUUGAGGUUGCUGUAACCGGUGCCAAUAAUGAGGUAGAAGCAGCUAAAAUUGCUCGUUCAGUAGCAUCUUCCUCUCUGGUUAAAGCUGCUAUAUUUGGAAGAGACCCAAAUUGGGGACGUAUUGCUUGCUCUGUCGGUUAUUCAGGCAUUCAGUUUGAUGCAAAUCAGCUCGAUAUUUCUCUAGGGACUAUUCCACUAAUGAAAAAUGGCCAACCGCUUCCUUUUGACAGAUCCGCGGCUAGCAAGUAUCUGAAAGAUGCUGGAGAUAUCCAUGGUACAGUGAACAUUGAUAUAUCAGUUGGGAGUGGAGUAGGAAAUGGAAAGGCAUGGGGCUGUGAUCUAAGCUAUAAGUAUGUUGAAAUAAAUGCUGAAUACACGACGUGAGAUUUAUAUCGUUCAUGUAGAAGAUUGUCUUCAUUGGUUUGAAUGAUGUGUGUGGUCUUUCGGUGCAACCACCUUUCCUGAGGACACAUAUCAUAUUGCAACGACAGCUUUGUCUUACCAAGAUGUUGUGCAUGUGUAUUCUUUCCCAUGAGAUCAAUCAAAUCAAUGUUCUGUAAGUGUAAUAAUGCGAUGAAUAAUGAAGUGACACUGUAACAAUGCC